AUGUCAUCAUCAACACCAUCAAGUACUUUUGAUUCUGAUUCGAAUCCAACUGAUAAUCAAGUUCGUUCUUCGUCGUUGUCGAGCUCCACUAGAGCUUCUCAUUCUGUUCUUUGUGAACCUCUGUCCCAACGAUCUCAAACUCCUAAACCCAAGACGAAAAUUUUAUCGAAUCGAUCAAUGCCUUACGUUUCUCCUGUACUUUCUCGUACAACUCAAUCAACAAAUUCAACGAUUACUAUUGUUAGUAACAAUCAAGAGCUCGAUGACAAUGUCAAUUUUUCAUCGAUUGAUGCCAAUAUUGUCCACGUUUCAUCGCAACAAAACCCACCAAACUACGAACAAGACGCAUUUGAAAGAUCAUUAGAUGAAGACGACGAGGUCAGUCUGUUCGACAAAAUCUAUUUUAUUGUAUUAUAA